GGGUCGCCGCCGCCGCCGGUCGCGAAGAGCCGCACGCGCUCCAGUCGCCGUCGCAGCGCCGUUGGUCCGCCGCCGCGGGCCCGACGCGCGCGUCCGCGAGGGCGCGCCGCGCGAGCCUCACGGCGAGCGCCGCGUCGGCCCGCGCGGCGGCGCGCGCGAGGUGCGGGAUCCAGGCGCCCCCGCGGCUCGCGGCCCGCUCCAGGCCCUCGAGCGCCUCGUCCACGAGGAGCUCGGACGCGAGGCAGCGGCAGGCGGCCCGCUCCCGGUCCCCGCCGCGCGCCUCCCCGCCGCCCAGGAGCCGCAGGGCGCCGAGGAGCAGCUCGACCGCGGCCGCGCCGCCGCCGUGGCCGAAGAGCGCCCACGUCGCGAGCCGCGCGUCGCCGGCGCCCGCGGCCGUGCGCCAGAGCGCGAAGAGGAACUUGAACGUCUCGCCGGCGUCCUUGGCGACGACGACGCCGCCGCCCGUCGCGUCGCGCAGCGCCUCCCAGGCCGCGUGCUCGAGCGCGCCGCCGCUGCCGUCGAAGCCCCGGAGCGAGCGCUGGCGAGGCACGACGGCGAACUGGACGAGCAGCCGCGAGCAGACGCACUCCGCGCGGCCGUGCUCGCGCCAGUCGAAGUAGGACAGGCAGAGCGAGAGCACGGGAUUCGGCAGCGCCAGCAGCGGCGAACCCAGCGGUGGAUCCAUCUCGCAGGCCAUCCUUCUGUGCGCGAAAUGCGGAUACAAACUGACAUGGAAGUUUUCAGUGAAGUGUCGUGAAGUAUUAAGUUGUUGAGGCUGCCCACGCAGCCCGGCGACUUGCUCGGUCAGAGUGUCGCACGGGACAUUUGUUUCGGAGUCGCCGCGCAGCAUGGCCCAGCACCACCGCGUCGAAGAUGACCUCAUCCAGCAGCCCAACGACUGCAAGGCCUUCUGCUUAAAAUACUUUUGCGAGGGCCAGCGCCUCGAGGCGUCCCUGGAGGAGAAGAUGAAGGCAGAAAAGGUCGAGUGGACGGUGAAGUACCGCAAGCAGCGCGCGCCGGCGUCCCCGAAGAUGUCGCGUACGCGGCGAAUCCGCACCACGUCUAGGUUGGCCAUGCUCAUCCCGUUCCUGCUCGUGCACGUCGUCUGGUGGACGGCGUUCAUCCGCUGGGACUCGUGGCACAAGUUCACGGACAAGGUGGGCCAGAUGGACAAGUACAAGCACCUGCUCCGGAGCGACGUGAAGCCCUGGUACAUGUCCGUGACCAUGGUCUUCGGGUCCAUGGUCGCGGGCAUGACGUCCGAGGGCGGCGCGUCCGUCGCGUUCCCCGUGAUGACGCUCGCGAUGGACGUCAAGCCGCACGUCGCGAAGCAGUUCAGCUACAUGAUUCAGUCCGUGGGCAUGACGGCGGCGGCCUUCGUGAUCCUCUACAUGCAGGUGCGGGUCGAGUGGAAGUCGAUCACCUACUGCUCCAUCGGCGGCAUGGUCGGUCUCAUCUACGGCCUCGAGGAGAUCGCGCCGGUCCUGACGCCGCCCUACGCGAAGAUGUACUUCGUCGUCAUCUGGGGCUCCUUCGCGGCGUCGCUCUACUACCUCAACCGCAUCCACGGCCGCAAGGUCUACCUCGUGCUGGACCCGAAGCACCUCCCCGAGAUCUGGAAGUCCGCAGACCUGACGCCCUACUGGUGGGCGAACCUCGUGCUCAACUGGAAGGCGCUCGUCCUGCUGGCGGCGGGCUUCAUCGGGGGCAUCUUCACGUCCUUCGCGGGCUCGGGCAUCGACAUCUGCUCCUUCUCGGUGCUGACGCUCCUGUUCCGCGUCUCGGAGAAGACGGCGACGCCGACGUCCGUCGUGCUCAUGGCGAUCAACACGGUCAUCGCCAUGUGCUACUGCAAGUGGAUGAUGCGCGAGGGCCUCGAGGCGCUCGCCUGGGAGUUCUUCACCGUGUGCGCGCCCAUCGUCGUCAUCGGCGCGCCGCUCGGGUCCGUCGUCGGCUCCUACGUGCACCGCCUCGUGCUCGCGACCUUCGUCUACGUGACGGACUUCGUGCAGCUCGUGGGCGCGCUCAUCGUCGUCCGGCCCUGGAGCGACCACAAGUGCAACAAGGACGGGGAGCGCGUCCCGCACGGCUCCGCGGGCCGCUGGCGCGGGACGAACUGCGAGCCGGUCCACCUCUGCUGGACGUCGGCCCUCCUCUUCGCCAGCGGCCUCAUCGCCUUCUACAUCUUCCAGCUCGCCGGCGAGAAGCUCAUGGAGCGCAACGCGCGCAUCGAGAAGGAGGUCCUCGGCGACGGCGACCCGGGCGACGUCGAGGUCGCGGAGAAGGCCGCGGACGACGAGAGCCCCGUGAGCGCCGUCGUCGUCGCCCCCGGCAUCUGA